UGAGGAAGUCAAGCUGCCGGUCCGCGUGGUUCGCGGGAACCUCGACGCGAUGAUGGUGCACUGCGCCGGGUGCGCGAGGCCCAUCCUGGACCGCUUCCUACUUAACGUGCUGGACCGCGCGUGGCACGCCGAGUGUGUGCAGUGCUGCGAGUGCAGCUGCAACCUGACCGAGAAGUGCUUCUCCAGGGAUGGCAAACUUUACUGCAAAAUUGACUUUUUCAGGCGUUUUGGCACGAAGUGUGCGGGCUGUUUUCAGGGCAUUUCACCCAGCGACCUGGUGCGCAAGGCGCGCAGCAAAGUGUUUCACUUGAACUGCUUCACGUGCAUGGUCUGCAACAAGCAGCUGUCCACGGGCGAGGAGCUCUACGUCAUCGACGAGAACAAGUUCGUGUGCAAGGAGGACUACGCGAGCGCGAGCGCCAUCAGAGAGGUCAAUCUGAACUCAGUGUCGUCGUGCACCGACCGCAGCCUGUCGCCCGACCUGCCCGAGCCAAACGCGGACGACCCGAAAGAGACGGACAAUUCCACGUGCUCGGACAAGGACACAAACGCGAACGAGGGCGAGGAGCAGAGCGCGUGCCAGAAGCGCCGCGGCCCGCGGACCACCAUCAAGGCCAAACAGCUGGAGACGCUCAAAGCGGCGUUCGUGGCCACGCCGAAACCUACACGCCACAUCCGCGAGCAGCUGGCUCAGGAGACCGGCCUCAACAUGCGGGUCAUUCAGGUGUGGUUUCAGAACAGACGGUCAAAGGAACGUAGGAUGAAGCAGCUCAGUGCCCUUGGCGCUCGGCGCCAUGCUUUUUUCAGAGGACCAAGGAGGAUGAGGCCGCUGGGUAGCAGACUUGACGAGCCUGAUCUCCUUGGCCCUGGGGGAUACGGCUACUAUGGAGAGUACCAGGGUGAUUACUAUGGCACAGGCGUCAACUACGACUUCUUCCCUCAUGGUCCACCCUCGUCUCAGGCUCAGUCUCCUGCCGAGGCUCCCUUCCUGCUCAGCUCGGGCUCCGGAGACGACCAGCGCUUCACAGACGUGAUGUCACACGAUGACACACCAAGCCCAGAGUUGCACCCGAAUGCACAGGGUGAAGGCGGAUUUGGGACAGGACCGAGUCCACCAUACCCACUGGCCAACAAUGCCAACUACAGUGGGCAAGAGAUGGGCGAAAAUACCGUAUGGUAGGGGUGGUUGGGGUUUCUGGACAGAUAAAUAGGGAGCAAAAUGGGAUGUGGUGCAGGACACAAGACUGGAAGUUUAGCACCAGAAACCCACCCAAUCCCUUAAGAAAUCCCACAAACCCCACUGGCUCUAUUUGCUCCGGUUUCCAGAGGCGCUCUUCUGAGCAGGAUGAAAAGAUGUUUCAAGGUCAUGGACAUGCAGGAAAACGAAACUGU